AUGUCUGCGAUGCAAUCCUACUGUAGCGAGCUGAUGGCCGUGGACAAGUUCAUUCCACAAAAGGCCGUACAGUUUACGCGGACAACAUUGGACAACCGCAGAUGCACACUUCGGCGCGCUCCUCAUCCAUCGCUGAAUUGUGCGGUGAACCGCGCAUUUAAUUGUGCGGUUCGGUGCACGUUGAAUUGUGUGUUGAAUUGUGCAUCGAAUUGCGCAUCGAAUUGCGCGUUCAAUUGCAUGCUUCGGUGCGCGUUGAAUUGCGCGUUGAAUUGCACGUUUAAUUGCAUGUCGAGUUGUGUGGUGGGUUGCCCGUUAAAAUGCGCGAGUCGACGCAUGUCAAAUUGCGCAGUGCGGUGCAGUGCGGUGCGGUGCGCUGCAUAA